AUGGGUCACCCCAAAGACGAUCGUCCCGAUCGCCCUGAUCGCACCGACGCGGAAUCCUCUCAUUCUCUUCACUCUCUCAACGACUCAGAUGAUCUCCCACCCCCUUACACCGAUGAACCCGAAUACACCACUCCAACAGUCCCCGGAAUCGCUCCUCUCCCUCUUCAUCUUCGCCUCGUAGACUCCGCCUACCACCUCCCAGACUCAAUCUUCCGCGCGACCGACAAGCGAGCGAUCUCGAUCGCGCCCGCGCUAUCUCGCAACAGCGAUGAACUCUUCCACACAAUUCGGCGACAGAUGAAGUUGCCUCCACGCCCAUUACUCUGGAUCAAAGGAACCCACACCGAGUCCUCGAAUAACGGCAAGAAAAAAGAAAACAACACCGUUACGGAUUUCGAAUUCAAGCUCGAUCUCGCGGAAACAAUAUUGACAGGAUGGGAAGACGGGUCACCUAUGAAAACACGUUGGGUAGCUGAGGAAGUCCUUAAUGAUGAGGAUUACAAACCUGCUUUUCGUGGUGGGAGGACGCAGACCCGGAUAUACCAUGCCCCAAGAUCUUGUGGGACUCGUUCUGAGGAUCAAGAUGCCCUUUUAGCAUCUGAUGAUGCCCUGGAGGCUGCAGAAGAACCCCGCACAGAUAAUGAGGCUCAUUUGAAGAUGUGGUGUGAGCGAUUCUGCCAGGAUCCUUCACCUGUCAAAUCAUUCACACUCCAACGCCAAAUCGCCGGCUUCGACUGGAAAGCCAUGCGCAAUGUCCUGACCUCGCACAUUCGUGAACUAAACUACCACGGCUCCGUCUCUUUCUCUUUUACUAUUGCUCAAGAACACGUCACUAUCUACUCUCCACACUGGAUUAACCGACUCCGCGCAAACCGGUACAUCUGGUGGAUAUUCGUUAUUCUGCAACUCUGGAUACUCAGCUGGCCUAUAAUCUGGUUUAUGGAGAAGCGAUACGAGCUCGCUCAUACACGGUGGUACUCCUCGAUAGACUGUCCCUUGAACGAGACAGGUCUAAAUAAGGAAUAUGCUCGUGGUCGUGAUGAGGCUACGCUGGGUUUAUUCUGGGCUCCGGCUGUGAAGCGUGCUGCGUGGAGUAGGCGAUGUGGAGAGGGUGAUACAUUAACGAGGAUGGAUGCCGAGCGGGUUCAAGGGUUGACUUUGGAACAAUUGCUUGGUGUGAGACAGCAGACUGAUUCUUCGGCGGAGCAGGAACGUCGUCAACGGGUUAAUAAUGGAAAUGGAGGGUUUGUUGAUCAUGUUGUGGGUCUUGUUCGGGGCAUUGGGGAGGUUGGUCAGGAUUGGAGAUUGACUAUGGGUUGGGGAGACAAUUCUUAA